GGUACCAGGGGCAUCUCAUGGGGCCCACUACUGACCCUGGGCCUUCGGGCAGUGCCCGAGUGUUCCAAUGGUCAGUCUGACCUUGCCUGGUACCUUUUUUAUAGGCUUUUUUGAGGGCGGACUGACCAUUUGGAAACUCGGGCACGGCCGAGGGCCCGGGGUCAGUAGGGGGCCCCAUGAGAUGCCACUGGUACCUUUUUUCAUAGGCUUUUUUGAGUUUGGGCAAGGACACAGGGGCCCCAUGAUCCCCUAUUUCCCGGGGGCCCCAUGA